UGCAUGACUUACUGUUAACGUCAUUACGUUUUCUUGCGUAGCUGCUUCCCGAAGCCCAACAGCAAAAUAGACGAUGUUGGUCCUGGUGUUAGGUGACCUGCACAUCCCCCACCGGUGCAACACCCUACCAGCCAAGUUUAAGAAGCUGUUGGUGCCAGGCAAGAUCCAGCACAUCCUCUGUACAGGAAACCUCUGCACCAAGGAGAGCUAUGACUACCUGAAGACACUGGCUGGGGACGUACACAUUGUCAGGGGAGACUUUGAUGAGAACCUGAACUACCCGGAGCAGAAGGUGGUGACAGUAGGUCAGUUUAAGAUCGGCCUGAUCCAUGGGCACCAGGUGAUCCCCUGGGGGGACAUGGCAAGCCUGGCCCUGCUGCAGAGGCAGCUCGACGUUGACAUCCUCAUCUCUGGACACACGCACAAGUUUGAGGCCUUCGAAAACGAGAACAAGUUCUACAUCAACCCCGGCUCAGCAACUGGAGCCUACAAUGCGCUGGAAAGCAACAUCAUCCCAUCCUUUGUAUUGAUGGACAUCCAAGCAUCCACAGUGGUGACGUACGUAUACCAGCUCAUAGGAGAUGACGUCAAAGUGGAGAGGAUUGAGUACAAGAAAUCCUAAACCCAGGGCUGAAUAGGGAGGGGUGAGGCAAGGGGUGCUGUCGUUCAGUGUAUCGUUUCAUUCCUUUCUACCUGCAGCUCCAACUACAUAACCACAAAAAAUGCUCUACCAUAACUGUUUGCUAACUUAACUCUAUCAAGAAAUGUAUAAUAUUUUAUGUCAUCCGCAUUGGCAUGUGUUCCACCCACCAUGUGGUGUCUGUAAAAAUAAAUUUAAAAAAUGCAAUUGUCA